AUGAACGCUCAGUUAUCUUUUGUCGGGAACCUCCGAACCAGAAAGAUGAAGGUGUACCAGAGUCUCUUAGCUGCUGCCUUGUUGCUGUCGAGGAUUGAAGCUUCAUACACGAUAGACAAAGAGCAGGAAAAGACGGGUAAUGACGACAUCACGGCGCUGAAUUUACGAGUCCACUUUCCUACAAUGGAAGAAAGAGGCAUCAAUCUGAACAUCAUUGAGAAAAUCAAUGCACAGUGGAAAGACUUGAUGACUUUUUAUGAAUUAAAAAGUGACAGGACGACGAUGACCCUACAUAACAUCCGAUCGGAGAUUGAGACGAAAAAAAAACAAGCGCAGAUAGCUCUUGACAAGUUUCUGACGAUAAAAGCGCGGAGUAUUCUUGAGAAAGAGUCGCUCAAUACCAAUCCAGCUAAAAAUCAGCUGGAACAACAUAGCGAAAAUUCUCAGCAUGCUCACGCUCCUAUCGCACCCACGACGCAAAACAUGCUGGAAAUUGACAAAAACCUGAAAGCGGAAAUUUUCCGCAUCGCUCACUCAAAUCUUCGACUGAAUUUUCAUGAUCAACAGAUAGAAUUGCUAAAUGAUCUUAGGAAUGGGUGGAAUAAUAUCCAACCUUUCAAAGCGCUAAAGAAGUAUAUGACUGACCUCAACAAGCUCGAAACCAACAGGGAUAAUCUCUAUCGCUCUUAUUUUCCGGAAAUGAAAAAUCAGCCUGAGGAGCCAGGAGAAAAAGUCAACCCCUUGGCAAAACAGGAUGUUUCUCGCUCUCCCCAACACGAAUAA